AUGUUUAUUGUAUUUUACUUAACGGUAGUGACCUUUGCAACAGUGUAUAGAUUAUCCUUUAAUAUAUAGAAAUCCAACAUUAUUUGGGUAUGACGCAUAAGGCAAUAUAUGUCCUAUGGGAAUUGCGGAUUGUUUACCUACUCAAUAUAUUCCUUGUGAAUUUGGAUACUUUCUAUAUGUAGAUGCUUUGAAUUAAAAAAAUUGUUUACCAUGGUAUAAAGAGUUAUAAAAUUAGUCCUUAUUUUUUGUUUUAAGACGAGUUGAAUAUUUUAUGUGGAGAUUGUUUAGAAGAUCCUUAUAAUUGGUAAUAUUCUAGAGCUUGUACAUAUAAUUACAGAAUUUAAACUGGAUCUCCAGGUGAUGUGUAUUUGAGAGAGAAUAUUUAGAAGACUAUAUUUUAUAUAUAAGAGAAACCAACAUCUAUUGUAAAUUCAAAAAGACCUGUAUAAUUCAAAUAUGAACUUUAAAUUUGUGAAGGAUGUAGUGUCUUUUGUAUAUUUGAUAAAAAUUAAAAUUAAGAUGAUGAGAAUAAUGAUGAAAAUAUUGAUGAGAAUAAUGAUGAAAAUAAUGAUGAAAAUAAUGAUGAGAAUAUUGAUGAAAAUAAUGAUGAAGGUUUAUCAUGUUAUGAUAAUAACUAAUAAGAUAAUUAAUUUAAUGGAAUCUUAUGUUUGGAUCAUUAUUAUUAUAUUGAGUUUGAAUGUAGAGAAUGUUAACCUAAUUGUAAAACUUGUAAUUCUUCUACAUGUUAGGUUUGCAAUGAUGGAUAUUAUUUAAAUAGUGCAUCAUUAUGUUAAAUGUGUUAACCUGGUUGUAUAAAAUGUGAAUAUUCUGAUUCUAUGUUGUUAUGUCUAUAAUGUUCAAAAUCGAAUACAGAAUAUUUAGUUGAAAGUAUUGGUUUUCAAUAUUGUGAGUCUUGUUAUUAUCAAUGUGCAAGAUGCGAAUAUAUAUCAUAUGAUUAUUAUAAAGAUUAUGGUUAUUUAGAAUAUGGAACAAGAGAUCAGUACUUUGAUUAUUCAAUAAAUUAUUUAUUAAGAUGCAGACAAUGUGUUUCAUCUUCAUAAUUCAUUUCUUAUGAUGGAUAAACUUGUGAAGAUUGUUAAAUAGAUAAUUGUCAAUUAUGUUAUUAUUAAUUAGAUGAUAUUGGUCAUACUACUUUAGAAUAUGAUUUCAUACCAACAUCAUCUCCAAAAUCACAAAUUUUAUGUCAUAUAUGCAAAACAGGAUUUUAUAGAAAAGAUGAUAAAACUAAAUGUUUACCUAUUCCUGAUCCAUCUGCUACUUCUUGUAGUUCUUUUAAUAAGGCUCCUAAUGGUUCAAAUGAUUUAGAUGAUAAAUGCACAUUUUGUGAAGAUAAAGUUUUAGAUUUAUAAUAACCAAUUAAUCCUUAAUGUUUAACAAGCAAAUUAUGUUCUAAAGUUAUUAAGAAUUGUGAAAGAUGUUUUAUUUAAAAAAGACCUGAAAAAGAAGAUUCAACUAUUUCUUUUUGUACUUAAUGUGGAUAUGGUUAUUAUCCUGAUAUAUUUUCAGGUAAAUGUUUUUCAUGUCCAAUUAAUUGUAAAAAAUGUUGGUAAUAUACACCAAGUUAUAAUUUUACAUCUUAUUUAUAAACAUAUUAAAUAAUCACAUAAGAUGAUUUUUUCUUAUUUUCACUUGAAUCAUAAUAAGAUGCUAAAUGUACUCAAUGUUAAGAAGGAUUCUCCUUAUAUGGUAAUUAAUGUAUGGGAUGUACAAGCAAUUGUAAAAAUUGUUAUGAAGAUGAUGAAAAAGCAUUCUGUUAUUAUUGUGGUACACCUGAUUAAUAAUCUAUACUUUCUGAUAUGAGUGAAUGUUAAGAAUGUCCAAAUUAUUGUGCAGCUUGUAGAGAUAGAAUAGAUACAGAUCCAAUUGUUAAUAGAUAUUUUAAUCCAGUUAGUGAUAUACUCUAGAAAUAUAGUAGAAUGUGUUAUAAAUUAAAUAAAUAAGCUGAAAUGGAUUGUGUAUUUAUUGAUAAUAAAAUUGGUCUACCUGUUAAAUGUGUGAAUCCUGAUUGUCCAACAAACAAAUAAUAUAAAUGUUUUAAUAAAGAUGAAGUAAAUAUAGAAUUUGAUUGUAAUACAGAUUUAAAAAAAUAUAAUACUGCUAAAACUAAGAUUUCUAUAAUUACCUUUUAAGAUAUUGAUUCUUUUAUAGCAUAUCAAAGUUACAAUGAUAAUACAAUUAAAGAAUUAACUAUAAAUUUGAAAUUAAUUGGUGAUUAUUGUGAAUUCAAAAAAGAAUCCUAAUUUUAGUUUUCUUUUCGUUAAAAUGUAUAUUCAUUAUAAAAAGUUAUAUUAAAUAUAAAUCAAAAUCUAGGAGAAUAAUAAAAGUGGUAUGUUGCUGGAUUAAUGUCAUUUAUAGGUGUAUCUUAAGUUAAUAUAAAUAAUGUUUAAAUAGAAUAUUAUAAAGAGGAUAAAAAUGCUCCAAAAGAAUUUGGAUUUUAUUUAAAAAGUUAAGAUGAAUCUUAAUUUAUUCUUAAUAAUAUUGAAUUUAUGAAAGAAAAAUACAAAAAUUAAAAACUUCUUAUUAUUGUUGAAAAUCCUGUCAAUUUUACAAUGUCAAAUGUUAAAAUAACAAAUAUUGAAACCAAAGAUUAAGUUGUCUAUUUUAAUUAUAGUUUACCUACUCUUAGCUAUCAAGAUAUUAAAUUAAAUAAUGUUGAAUUAAUUAAUUGCAAUUACAAUUUUUCAAGUAUAAUCACUUAUUCUAAUCUUGCUCCAUCAUUAUUUGUUAAAAUUAGUAAUUUAAAGAUUACAUAAGGUAAUUUUAUAAGUUCAUCAAUUAUAAAAUCUAACUUUCAAUCAAAUAGUUUAUAUUAUUAGAUUGAUAAAUUAACUUUGAUGUUUAAUUACUUUUCUAAUAGUACUCUAUUUCAAUUGGCUAAUUUAUAAACAUCAUAAUCAUUUUCAAAUGUAGAUAUCUUAUAUAAUAGAUUUAUUAAUAGUAAAAUAUUUUUAAUGAAUUCAUUUUAAUUUUCUUAAUUUUAUUUUGAUAAUAAUAUACUCCUAAAUAAUUCAAUAAUAUUUUCAACUGUUAAAGAACUUAAAACUAAUAAUUAAUUAUAAAGUUCAUUAUUGGAAUAUAAAUUUGAUAAAAUAAAGAUUAUCAAUUCUAAUUGUUAUUCAAUAAAUUGUUUAAUGAUUAUGAGUACUCCAAUAAAUACAUAUUCUAUAAUUACUAUGAUGACAAUAAGCAAUUUAUAAAUAUCUAAUAUUGGUAUAUAUGAUAUUAGUCAAAGAAAUACUUUUCUGACAACAUCAGCAUUAAUAAGUUGGAAUAAGUUUUCAGAUUUAAAAUUAUCGAAUUUUUAAUUUGAUAAUAUAUAAGGAUUAACAAUAUUUUACAUUUCAACAAUAAAAUCUUUAACACUUACUACAUUAAAAUAUGAUUGGAGUUAAUCUAAUUUUUAAUUAUAAUAAAUAAGACCAAAAAAUAAUUUAAUUCCUACAACAACAGAUUGUUCAGAUCGUAAAAUUGCAGCAUCAUCAUUUUCUUAUAUUUUAUUCUUUAUUUAUUAAUUUUCAAAUUCAAUUACUAUUUCUGAUGUUUUAAUAUAAAGACAAUUAUUAAUAGAUGCAUCAAUAUUUUACAUAUAAUCAUAUGAUGUAGCAUAUUAAAAUACUACAAAUGGUAACAAUAUUGAAAGUAUAACAUUAUCAGGAUUUUAAAUAUUAAAUAAUUCUUUAGUAUCUACUAAAAAAGGAUUAUUUUCUGGUUGUAUAAAUAUAGAUUCAAAUUAAAUUUAAAUGAUUAUAAUGGAUAAUUUAAACUUUUAAAGUAAUCAUCUUUAAUAAAUUAUAUCAAAAUAAACUAUAGUAAUUGUUUCACUAUUUCAAAUAUCAUCACCAAGAUCAACAAUUUAAUUAAUAAACUUUUUAUCAGAAUACAAUAGAGCUAUUAAAAGUGAUUAUGGUUUAAUUAAAAUUGAUUGUUAAAAAUUAAUCAUGAAUAAUGCAACAUUUAAAUACACUAAUAUUAUAGAUAAAUUAUGGGUUAAAAGACUUGAACCUAAUUAAAUUAGUACAGAUGAUGAUAUAAAAUCAUUCUUUGAAAUUAAAUCAUAUGGAACAAUAAUGGAUUUAACUACUACUUUAGCUACCAUUUCUUAAGUUAAUGUAUAUUAUACAUAUGGAAUAUAAGCAGGUAUAAAAUUAACAACAAUUGGAACAUCAUCUAUUUAAAUCUAGAAUUCAUAAUUAUAAAAUAUCUUUAGUAGUUUAGAAUUGAAACAUUCUUCUAUUGGAGGUAGUUUCUAUAUUGAUUCUACUUUAUCAAAUUUAAAUUGUUUAAUUUCAAAUUUAAGUAUAAUAAAUAGUAGAGUUAGAUAAACAGGUGGUUGUAUUUAUGUAUUUGCUUCUAAUAAAAAUUAAAAUAUUACAAUACAAAAAUCUUAUUUUGAAAAAUGUUAAGCAUUAGAUACAUCAUUUAUGAGAGUUGAUUUCUUUGCAGAUGCAGCAUUCUAAUAAGUAACAUUAGAUGAUGUCAGUGUAAUUGAUAAUAGUAUUGAUAAAUUAAUUAGUGUAAUUCCAUAAAUUUAAGUGUUUGAAUACUUAUAUUUUUUACAAACUAGUAGUGUUUAUACUUAAACAAAUGGAAGAUUAAUAAUAGGAGAUUCAUUAUUUUAAUAAAUCAAUUAUACAUCUGCUUUAUCUUUAAAUCAAUUAGAAUUAUUGUAUAUCAAUAAAUUAUCUAUUUUGAAAGGAUUUCUAUUUUAUAAUCCAUUACUUUCUCUAAGUUUAUUAUAAUCAGGAGGAUAAGCAUAUAUAGGUAAUUUGGACAUUAUUGAAUUCUAGGAAACUGAUUAUACAUUUAGUACUUAAUAUAAUUGUUCUUCUUUAAUUCCUUAAUCAUUUACAUAUUUAAUCCCAGAGUAAAAUUGUGAUUAAAUAUUAUUAUUUUAAGAGUAAUUAGAUGAAAUGGAUAUUGAUGAUGAGAUCUAUGAAUAUUAUGAUGAAAAUUUAGAAAUGAUGUAUAAUCAAUAAACUUCAAAUUCUAAAUAUCUUCCUAUAUAUAUUUCAAGAGUCAAAUUGGAUUCACUAUCUAAUAUAAUAGAUAUAGUAAUUACUCUAAAUUAACAAUUAGUGAAUUGUUUAAUGAACAACAUUUUGUAUUUAAGUAAACAAUUAAACUUAGAUAAUUUUUCAUCUCUUUUUUAUAUAUCAGAGGUUAAUGAUAAUCAUUUGGUUCAAAUUAAGAAAAUUUAAAUAGUCUAAAAUAAAUGCUUAUAAUGUAGAGGAGGUUUACUUUAGAUAAGAAGUAUAUCUGACACAAAUACAAAAGAAUUGGUAUCUAUUUCUGAAUUUUUCUGUUAAUAUAAUACAAUUGGAUAUUAUGGUUGUGCAUCACUUGUAUUUGAAGAUGUCAUUAAAGAUGUUACAUUAUUAUCUGAAAUUAUUGAUGAAAGCAUUCAAAAUUCAAGACUUCUAUAAGGAUCUGAUUUUUCAUCAUUAAAUCAUACAAUAUUUAUUUCUAGUUAUUAAUGUAAUAAUAAUUUGGCUAGAGCUGGAACUUGUUUGAAUUUAAGAGGUGUAACUGCAAUAGUUCAAGAUAGUUUAUUUAGUAGUAAUAAUGCAUCUUUAGUUGGAGGAUCUAUAUAUUUUGAAAAUCUAGGUACUAAUAAUAUGUAUUUAUAAAAUAAUUAAUUUAUUAAUAAUUAAGCUUAAAUAGGAGGAGCUAUAUAUUUAUUAAAUUAUUAAUUAAGUAAUACUGAUAAAUUGAGUUUAAGUUUUGAUAAAAAUUCAGCAGAUGAUGGUGGUACUGAUAUAUAAGAACUUACUAUAUAAUAAACAUUGUAAUUAAUUAAUAUUCCAUUUGAAUCAUAAACUUAUUUAAAUAAUGAUGGAGAUGAAACUGAUGAUGGAGCUAUUGAUAAUACUACUGUUGUAAUUAAAGACAAUAUAACUUUGGAAUAUCAUUAAAUUGGUAAUUAUCCACAAUUAACUAAUCUAUUAAUUUUACCAUCAGGUCAAAGAAUUUCAAAAUAUGUGUAUUUUUAUGAAGCUACACAAGAAUAAGUUCCAUAUGAAUGGGUGUUUAGAAUUAUUAAUCUUAAUAGAUUUGGAGAUGUUGUAAGAAAUAGUAAACCAGAUGAAAAUUGUGUUAUAGAUGGGAGAAUUCAAAAUUAAUCAAUUUAUAAUGAUUUUUUAUCAUUUACUAACAAUUUCACUAUUCCAUCAAAAGUUUACUAUAAUCCAGAGAAAGGAGGAUAUGAUAUGGAUGAUUUGAUUCUCAUUUUUGAUCCUUAAGCAUCACCUGAUUUAUAUUUGGAACUUCGUUUUACAUGUAAUUCUGUUGAAUUACCUAUUUAUAAUACUAAACCACCUUAUUAAAUUCUUGGAUUUAAUAAGAAUUAUGAAUUAUAUGCUAGAAUUCGUACAUUUCCAUGUUAAAUUGGUGAAGCAUAUGAUUCUUAAUAAUGUAAGGCAUGUCAGAAAUCUGAUCUUGCAUAUUCUGUUGAGAAAGAUUCUGUAUUAUGUAAAUAAAUGAAUAGAUUAACAAUGAGAACAGUUUCACCAACUGGUAUCAAUUUAAUAUAAGGAUAUUGGAGACCAAUUUAUUAAAAUGAUGAAGUUGAAUAUUGUGUAAAUCUACCUAAUAAUUGUAAUGGAGGUUGGAUUCCUGGCAAUCCAUCUUGUUAUACAGGACAUGUUGGAGCAUUAUGUGAAUCAUGUGAUAUAUAUAUGAUUUAAAAUGAAGAGAGAUGGGCUCCUUCUGAUCCUUAUAAAUGUGGAUUAUGUAAGGAUUCAGAAUAAUAUAAUUUGAUCAUUAUUAUUGCCAUCUCCAUUUUAACUAUGAUCUCAACUAUUAUGUCUGUCAAAGGUACUUUUGAAGCUCUCCAACUUUAAAUUGUAGAGGAUAUAAUUAAAUUGUUUGGAAGAAGACUUAAAUCAGAUUCUUCUAAUUUAGCUACUAUGGUUUAAACACUCACUAAUUAUUUUCAAAUUGUAUAAAUUGUUAUGACUUUUCAAUUAUAAAUACCAAGUGGUGUAUAAACUGCUACUCAAACAGCUGGUAAUCCAACUGGAUCUAUGGCAUAUUCACUUGAUUGUCUACUAAUCAAAAUAUCUGAUAUUGAAUUACUAUAUUUUAAGAUGAUAUGGGCAUUAGUUAUGCCUUUGUGUUAUUUAGGAGCAAUCAUUUUAGGAUACCUUAUUAUAUGUAUUAUUGGAAUCACUAAAUUCUCUUAGUCAAUUAUCUACACUGCCUUAAUUUAUAUGUUUUUAUACAUGCAUCCAACUCUUGUACAAGGUUUUAUCUCUUAGGCUUCCAUAAGAACUAUAAGUGGUCUACCAUGGGUCAAAGCAGAUGUUGGAUAUAGAUAUGAUAGUGAUCUUCAUAAUUAUUGGAUGGCUCGUUUUAUUGGACCUAUGCUUAUCAUUUGGGUCAUUGCAUUACCUGGAUUAUUUAUGUUUCUAGUUUGGCUUAAAAGAAAUAAACUUGAUUUAAAGUAAACCAAAAUGACUCUUGGUUAUUUUUAUAGAGAAUAUUCUAAAGAUAGUUAUCUUUGGGAAUUUGUUAAGAUAUUUUAAAAGGAAUUCUUUGUUAUCAUAUUAGUCUACUAUGAAGAAUAUGUUAUUAUAAAAGGAUUACUUAUUGUUUUAGUUCUUUUUAUCUAUGGAUGGUACCAAGUAUCAGUUAGUCCUUAUGGUAGUAAAAAAUUAAAUGAAAUUGAUCGCUAUUCUACUAUGGUUUGUGCAGCUACACUUUGUUUAGGUGUUUUAAUGUACGGAGCCUAACUUAAAGAUUAUUACUAUAUUUAAGUCAUUAUUCUAAUCAUCUUAGCAUUUCUAAAUCUAUGGUUUAUUAUCAUGUGUAUUCUUUAGAUAUUUUAAGGGUACCUCAUUAAAUUCUAAGUAAUUUUAUAUUAUUACUCAUUAUAUAGGAUUAAUUGGAUAUCAUAAGAGAAAAGCUUCUUAAAUCAAAACCAGAAUUGAAAGAGAAAAGAGGAUUUAUAGGAAAAUUACUUAUUCAUAAAGGAAAUAUGAAUAAAAGAGUCAAAUUUUUAUGGGAAUUACUUAAAUCUAGAACUAUUGCAGCUGUCAAAAUUACUAAAUUAUCCCAAGAAAUAUAAUUUGAGGAUGCUUUUGAUUAUGUAAUUUAAAAUAAUAUUGAUUAAAUUCGAAUUGUAGGAGUUUCAUCAAAAUAAAAAUUUGAAAAACUGAAUAGCUAAGAAAAUUAAUGA